AGAGAAAUGAAUCGUUUGGGCAUGUUGGUGGACCUGUCUCACGUGUCCCAACGUGUUAUGUUGGCAACCUUGAGACAAACGGAAGCCCCUGUUAUUUUUUCGCACUCGUCUGCACAUCAACUGUGUAACAACUCUAGGAAUGUCCCUGACUACAUUCUCAAAAAACUGGCUGAAAAUGGUGGAAUAGUUAUGGUUGCAUUCUAUCCACAUUUUGUCAGCUGUUCUUCAAAUGCAACUUUAUUAGAUGUCGCAGCACACAUCGAGCAUAUCAGAGAAGUCGCAGGAAUCGAUCAUGUCGGAAUAGGAGCAGGAUAUGAUGGAGUUAAUUUAGUGCCAAGAGGUCUAGAAGACGUCUCAAGAUAUCCUUUUCUAUUCCAACAUCUUCUGGCAACUGGAAGAUGGUCAGAAAUGGACCUAAAAAAAUUGGCAGGACAGAAUCUGUUGAGAGUGUUACGACAAGUAGAAAACGUUCGAGACAGAAUGUCCAUAGACCAAAUUCAACCCUUAGAUAUAAAAAUUCCAGAACAAGAUGUUCUAGGCAGAAUGAAAUUAUUCAACAUUGUCUUCGUCCUGUGUGUUGUUUUUGCUUUAUUGGCAGUGCCUUCAGAAGCAAAAUGGAAAUUUGGCAAAAAAUUGGAACGUUUAGGAAAACGUGUCCUGCACGCCACUGAAAAAGUUUUACCAGCUGCACAAGGUGUUGCAGGGGUUGCAACUGCUAUCAAAGGUUGA